AUGUUUGAGGAGAAGCUCGUCGUUGGCGUGGCAUCGGCCUGCUCCACUCUUGCCGUCGUCGUUGUCCUGGUUGUCGUGCCAUCGCUUUACAAUACUAUCAAUGAAAUUCACGACCAAGUACUUGAUGGAGUGUCAGUAUUCCGUGUGGAGACCGAUUCUGCCUGGACUGAAAUGAUGGAUAUUCAAAUUGCCGUCUCUCCACCUUCGAAGCCUCGCACGAAUCCCUUCAACUCGAUAUUCCGUCAGAAAAGGCAAGACUUUUCUGGACUUCCAGCUUGGUGCCAGUGUGUACCACCAAAACCAGUCUGUCCACCUGGGCCUCCUGGACCUCCUGGCCAGCCUGGACAACCUGGAAAUCCCGGACCUCGAGGACCUCCAGGUGAGGACAAUACUUCCACCUAUGCGCCACUCACUUGUCCACCGAUGGAUACCAAAUGCAUACAGUGUCCAGCAGGACCCGCUGGACCUCCAGGACCUGAAGGACCAGCCGGAAAAGCCGGACCAGACGGAGAGCGUGGAGGACCAGGACCGCGCGGAAAAGAUGGGCAGCCAGGCCCAGCCGGACCACCUGGAGACGCUGGAAGCCCCGGAAAACCAGGACCAGAUGGACAGCCUGGUCCUCCUGGAAAAGAUGGUACCAAAGGCCGUGGACAGCCUGGACCACCGGGACCAGGUGGAAACGCUGGACCUCCCGGAAAAGCUGGACCAUCCGGUCAGCCAGGAAAGGAUGGAGGGCCGGGACCCAAGGGACCUCCGGGGCAGCCAGGAGCCCCAGGAGAAGCAGGAAAGGACGGGCAGCCAGGUGCACCCGGAGGACCUGGCCUUCCUGGAAACGAUGCCGCCUACUGUCCAUGCCCUCCUCGUUCGGCUGUGUUCGUUUCUCGAUUCACUCAGUAA